UGCGCAUGAUGUUGCAUUCGGGGAACUUGAGCUCUGUCUGGGCGAUGCUAGAAUGAGAAGCCUCCGCGGAAGGAUGAUGCAUCACACUGAUCCAUGGGCGAAAUUUUGUCAUUAUUAAUUGCUAAGGUUGGUUGAAUAUUAGUUACUAACACGAGUACCACAAUGGCCUUGAAACCACUAAUUGAGUUCUUCUUGGGCGUUUGUCUGUCGAGGGAUUUGCGAGCUGUGGGAGGGCGCGAUGGCUGGACCAUCACGUUUGUGACCAACGAGGAAUCUGACGGUGUUUGAUUCCACAUUCAAUACAUUAGAAUCAUUAGUAAGAGUAGGAAAUAUGGUCAUGUCUGAAACCGUUCUCACUUACAAUUGGGCUUUCUGUAUGUGAUGAAGUCUGUUCGAGUCAAUAUAAAUAGGUAGCUAGGUAAGGUCCAUAUAACCGAUUUGAUCAACCAUCGCUAUCCUCUUGUAAACAGACACACUUAUCGACCAGUAGGGACGCAUUGACUAAUUCCACAUAUCCGUCUCAUCUGAUUUCAUACGCCCGACAUGACGAAGCUUGUUACCAUUGUCGGAGCCACGGGCAACCAGGGACACGCCGUGGUAACCGCCCUCAUUGGGGAUCCCAGUUACAGUCUACGCGGCCUGACCCGCAACGUACAGAGUCAGAACGCACAGAAAUUGAAAAGCCAGGGUGUCGAGAUGUUGGCAGCCGAUCUCGACGACCUAGACUCACUGAAGGCGGCUUUCGCAGGCUCAUACGCCGUGUAUGGCGUCACGGAAAUAAAGGAGUCGCUCACAGAAAACGAUCUGGAGACAUUGAUAAACGUCGAAGCAACAUGGGGGAAAAACAUUGCACAAGCUGCCGCCGAGACCGUUGGUUUGCAGCAUUUCAUCUGGAGCACGCUCCCGAACGCGUUGGAAAUUAGCGGUGGCCGACAUAAUCCGCCCAACUAUGCUGGCAAAAACAAGGCUGACGCAUAUAUCCGCGCCAACGCGGACCUCGCGGCUAAGACGACGUUCUUGAUGAUCGCCCAGUACCAUAGCAAUUAUGCGAUCGGCCCUAUAUCGAUUCAUCCGAUCCCAUCUGCGAAUGCAUACGUACACUUCGCCUCACACGCGCCAGAUACCCCUAUAUCGUGGAUCGGCGACGUGAGACGCAAUUUGCCUCCAUUCAUCAAGCCUAUUCUUGAGCAGCCGGGCAGGACAAAAGGGAGUAUCGUGUACGCGUACACAGAGGUGUAUACUUCAGAAGAAUCUCUACAAAUAUGGGCAAAAAGUAACGGGGUCAAGGCAUUUCAUGUGCCUAUUUCAGCUGAGCUGUUGUAUGAAAUGUGGGGGAAGUAUGCUGAUGUUUUGGCUGCAAUGUGGAGGUUCUGGGGAGAGUGUAGAGAGAAGAGCUGGUCAAGUCCGGGACACGCCGUUCUGACGAGCAUUGAUUUGGGUGUCACUGAUUUUACGAGCUUAGCCGAGACAUUCAAAGGGUAUAUGUUCUAGUACAGGUAUCAGUUGAUCGAUGGCGGCUCGCUUUUUCUACAUAUUUCAGAAACCAACAAUCAUACACGAGAACGUAACUUGUGCCUCUACUCAUGUCUACAGAAGCAUGUACUCUAUUCGUUAGUCCGGAGUUCCAAAGCUGAGGAAUCCGAGUCUGAAAGAAUGAGCAAAUAGCUCGAUUCGCAGUUAUCUACUAAUAGAUACCCGAGAACCCGCUGAACAUGUCAAUCUCGC